AUGCCCGGCGGGAGCGUGUGGGUGCUGGUGCUGGCGCUGGCACUGCCCAGCACUGGACAGCAGCACCUGCAGGAGGCCGAGCGCAUCAUGAGCACCACGCCGGUCAUCGACGGGCACAACGACCUGCCCUGGCAGCUCCUCCGCAAGUUCUACAACCAGCUGAGGCUGCCAGCAGCCAACCUGACCCUGCUGAACGACACCCACACCAACAUCCCCAAACUGCGCCAGGGCCACGUGGGCGGGCAGUUCUGGUCGGUGUAUGUGCCCUGCGAGACGCAGAACAAGGACGCGGUGAGGCGCACGCUGGAGCAGAUGGACGUGGUGCAGCGCAUGUGUGACCUGUACCCAGAGACCUUCCUCUGUGUCACCGACAGCAGCGGCAUCCGGGAGGCGUUCCGGACCGGGAAGGUGGCCAGCCUGAUGGGGGUGGAGGGCGGCCACUCCAUCGACAGCAGCCUGGGCGUCCUGCGCACCCUGUACCGCCUGGGUGCCCGCUACAUGACCCUCACCCACAGCUGCAACACCCCCUGGGCUGACAACUGGCUGGUGGACACCAAAGAUGAGGAACCUGUGCACCACGGCCUCUCACCCUUUGGGAAGAUGGUGGUGGAGGAGAUGAACCGCCUGGGCAUGAUGGUGGACCUGGCCCACGUCUCAGUGGACACCAUGAAGAUGGUGCUGAACAUCUCCAAGGCCCCCGUCAUCUUCAGCCACUCCUCUGCCUACAGCCUCUGCCAGCACCGCCGCAACGUGCCCGACGACGUGCUGCAGCUGGUGGCCUCCACGGGCAGCUUGGUGAUGGUCAACUUCUACAACGCCUACGUGACCUGCAGCGAGAAGGCGCAGCUGAAGGACGUGGCAGACCACAUGGACUAUGUGAAGAAGGUGGCCGGUGCCCAGGCUGUCGGCUUCGGGGGGGACUACGACGGGGUCUCAGGGGUCCCCACCGGCCUGGAGGACGUCUCCAAGUAUCCCAUGCUGGUGGCCGAGCUGCUGGCGAGGAACUGGACGGAGCAGGAGGUGAAGGGAGCCCUGGCUGAGAACCUGCUCCGGGUCUUCAGCAGAGUGGAGGAGGUGAAGAGGAGCCUGCAGGGCACGGCUCCCCUCGAGACCCCCAUCGCCUUCGAGGAGCUGGAGAGCUCGUGCAGAACCAGCUACGGCUACUCCGACCCGGUGCCCGCCCGGGCACCGCCCGCAGCCCUGGCACCGCCGCUGGCCCUGGCGCUGCUGCUGGCCCUGCUCUCCUAG